UUGAAACUGAAAAAAAUAUUUUUUGAUACAGAAAUUAAAUAAAAAAUAUUGCCAAAAUUAAGUGUUCAUGGGUUAAUAUUGCUUUGCCUGUUGUUGGCGGCUUUAUCUUGACCGUAAUUAUGGCUUGGCGAAGUCAUGGGGUGAAUAAUGCUGAUAUGGUUCGACAUCUACGAACAAAUGGAAUAAUAAAAUCAGACUCAGUGGCUGCUGCAAUGACCGCUGUCGACAGGAAGAACUACUGUCCGUACGCACCAUACCACGAUUCACCUCAAUCUAUAGGCUAUUCUGCUACGAUUAGUGCUCCACACAUGCACGCCCAUGCAUUAGAAAGGUUGAAAAGUCAGUUAAUUCCAGGAGAAAAAGCCCUGGACGUUGGCUCUGGUUCAGGAUAUUUAACCGCUUGCAUGGCUAUAAUGUUGGGGGAGAAUGGCAGAGUGGUGGGGAUUGAACAUAUACCAGAUCUGGUGACAUUGGCUACAAAGAAUAUAAAAAAUGACCACCCUGAAUUGUUGUCCUCUGAGAGGAUCAAACUUAUAGUUGGCGAUGGACGUCUAGGUUAUCCACAAGAAGCACCCUAUAAUGCUAUCCAUGUAGGAGCAGCAGCACCCACAUUGCCACAGGCAUUAGUUGACCAGUUGAAACCUGGUGGACGAUUAAUCGUACCGGUUGGACCUGAAGGCGGUGAACAACAUCUUACACAGGUUGAUAAAGCAGCAGAUGGCACGACAACAGUAAAGAAACUCAUGAGUGUGAUCUAUGUACCACUAACUGACAAAGAUCACCAAUACCGUGAGUGACAUUACAAAAUCGUAAUUGUUACAUGUUGUACUUGGCGGUAAAUACAUUUUGCUGGAUAUAUCCUCGAUUUAUAUGCACCUUUUAUAAAAAAUGCAAUUUUAAGAAUACUUAUUGCUUAUAAUUUUACUGUAAAAAUAAAUAAAUGGAAC